AUGUCAUCGUCUAGGCGAUUCUCGUCGCAGGUAGAUAGGGACUUGUAUGAUGAGUUGGACAACUCGCUAGACAAGGCGUUGAACAGCGCAACUACGAACUUGUUCUCGUAUGCACCGAUUGCAGAACAGAAUGGAGAUCGAAUAAACCUGGCGAGCCGGAACGGAUCUUUUCAUUCACAGGGUGCAAUCCCUCUACAUACUAUCCAUAGCGAAGAGGGCGAGGGCGGCCAGGGUGAGGAUGUCUCGCUCAUGGACCCCUUGGGACAGACAAGCCGCGGGGCCUCUGCCAGCUCGAUUGACGUGGCGGCCAGAUCGGCCUCGUCCAGAAUACGACAGAUGUUCCAGAGCUUCAUAUAUAUGUUCAACGACGCCAAAAGAGAGCUCAAUCAAGAGCGCUUAAAGGAAAGCGGAGCUUCAGAUUUCAGAGUCAACAAUCUCUGCGACGAACGAUACAUCUCGGCAAAGACGACAAAUGCAAAGGCAAACCAAAUAUACCCGUCCAAUGCCAUUUCAAAUGCAAAAUACAACCCGAUAACCUUCAUCCCAAUCAUCUUGUACGAGCAGUUUAAAUUUUUCUUCAACUUGUAUUUCCUCGUUGUUGCCUUGUCGCAGAUAGUGCCCCAGUUGAGGAUCGGCUAUCUUUCCUCCUACAUCGUGCCGUUGGCGUUUGUGCUAGCGGUAACAAUGUUGAAAGAGGCGGGCGACGACAUUGCCAGACGCCGCCGGGACCGCGAGCAGAACCACGAAGUGUACGAAGUGCUCAACAGAAACUCGCCAACGGCGGCUCUAACGGCAGAACCGAAAUACAUAUCUUCAAAGGAUUUGAAAGUGGGUGACUUGGUGAAACUACACAAGGAUGUCAGAGUUCCAGCAGAUAUGGUGCUCCUACAGUCAACGGAAAAGACGGGAGAAGUAUUUAUCAAAACCGAUCAAUUGGACGGUGAAACGGACUGGAAGUUGCGAGUGGCACCAAAUGUAACCCAAAAUCUCGCCAGCGUGACAAACAUUAUCAACUCAAUCUCAAUAGUCGUGGGCAACCCGACAAAGUCAAUCCACAUGUUCCAAGGGCAGUUGGUUUACAAUCCAACUUCAUCCACGAGCUUGAGUCUACCAACUUCUGCCGAGACCUACGCCUUGACAGUGGACCAGACACUAUGGGCCAACACUGUUUUAGCCUCGGGCAGCGCCAUUGCUCUUGUGACUUAUACUGGUAUUGAGACUCGACAACUGAUGAACACUACAAAGAGCGGGGUCAAGACCGGUUUGUUGGAAAUUGAAAUCAACAGCUUAUCCAAGAUCUUAUGCGCAGUUGUCUUUGCACUUUCCGUCAUUCUUGUCCUCGCAAAGGGGUUCCCCUUGCAUAAAACAUGGUACAUUGAUAUCAUGAGAUUUUUGAUUUUAUUUUCAACAAUCAUCCCAGUGUCCUUGAGAGUCAACUUGGAUCUUGCUAAAUCGGUCUAUGCUUCCCAGAUACAGAACGACGAGGACAUCCCUGGAACCGUGGUGAGGACCUCCACCAUACCGGAGGACUUGGGGCGGGUCGAGUACCUCUUGAGUGACAAGACGGGCACAUUGACUAGAAACGAGAUGAUUUUGAAAAAAUUGCAUCUCGGCGCAGUCAGCUAUGCUGGUGAUACCCUCGACAUUGUCACGGAUUACGUCAAAAAUUUAGUCAAUUACAUAAACUCGCCUCAAUUUGGACUGAGGAAAAAGGAUUUGGGUGCAAAAGUUUGCGACCUCGUUUUGACGUUGGCACUUUGUCACAACGUUACUCCCGUGUAUGACGACGACCGUGAAGACCCCAGCUUUGGCGAGAUCACAUAUCAAGCGGCAUCCCCUGACGAAAUAGCCAUUGUCCAGUUUUGCGAGGAUGUUGGCUUGAAGCUAUACAAACGUGACCGCAAUUCAAUAACACUCAUGCAUUUGCACACAAGCCAGCUCUUGGAGUUUGAAGUAUUGUUCAAUUUCCCAUUCAAUUCAGAAACCAAGCGGAUGGGAAUCUUGGUGAAAAGCAAACUGAAGGACGAUUUCUGGUUCAUGCAAAAGGGGGCGGAUACGGUGAUGGCCAACAUUGUUAAUGCAAACGAUUGGCUUGACGAGGAGACUGGAAACAUGGCAAGAGAAGGUUUAAGAACUCUAGUUGUUGGACGCAAAGUGUUGACUCCCAAUGUGUUCCUGGACUUUGUGGAAAAUUACAACGAGGCCUCGGUCUCCAUGCAGCAUAGAGAAUACGCUAUGCAGAAAGUCGUUGACUAUUACCUUGAACAGAAUUUGGAACUACUCGGUCUCACUGGAGUUGAGGAUAAGCUACAAGUUGACGUCAAGUCUUCCAUUGAGUUGCUUCGAAACGCGGGAAUCAAGAUUUGGAUGCUUACAGGAGACAAAGUCGAGACGGCAAAGUGUGUAUCCAUCAGCGCCAGAUUGAUACUGCGUGGCCAAUAUGUGCACGAGGUGACCAAGCUUCGCGACCCAGAUUAUGCAAUGAGCCAAUUGGAGGCCAUUAGACUGAACAAGAAUGCUUGUCUUCUCAUCGAUGGAGAAUCGUUGGCUACGUUUAUGAAGUAUUUUUGCGACGAGUUUCUCGAAGCUGCUAUUCAUUACUCAGCAGUAAUUGCGUGUCGUUGCACGCCUCAGCAAAAGGCAGACGUUGCAGUACACAUCAGACGCAUCACUGGCAAGAGAGUUUGUUGCAUUGGUGAUGGGGGCAAUGACGUGAGCAUGAUUCAGUCAGCCGACGUUGGUGUUGGUAUAGUGGGCAAGGAAGGCAAACAGGCGUCCUUGGCCGCGGACUUUAGCAUUGACCAGUUCUGCUACCUCUCGAAAUUGUUGCUUUGGCAUGGACGAAACUCGUACAAAAGGUCUGCCAAGCUUGCGCAAUUUAUCAUACAUCGUGGGUUGCUCAUAUCAGUCGCGCAAGCUGUCUAUUCCAUUUUCUCGCAUUUUGAGCCACUCGCAUUGUACCAAGGGUGGUUGAUGGUGGGAUACUCCACAAUUUACACCAUGGCACCGGUUUUCUCGCUCACCUUGGACUGCGACGUUGACCAACGGUUGACGAAAUUGUACCCUGAACUAUACAAGGAAUUGACAUUGGGCAAGUCCUUGUCCUACAGGACUUUUUUCAUGUGGGUUGGGAUCUCCUUAUACCAAGGGUGCGUCAUCCAGUUGAUUUCGCAGCAACUCCAGACGUUAUUAGAGAGCAAAUUCACAACCAUGGUGGCGCUAUCAUUCUCAUGCUUGGUGUACAAUGAACUAUUCAUGGUGUGUUUGUCCAUCAACAGGUGGAACAAAGUCAUGGCUAGCACCAUCAUCAUCACAUUUUUAGCAUACGUUGGUUCGAUUCCGUUGCUCUCCGAGUACUUUAACUUGGUCUACGUGGCUUCGAUCACUUAUAUUUGGCAAACGGUCUUGAUUUUGGCCGUGAGUUUAUUUCCCGUCUGGCUAGUCCAGUAUAUGAACAGAAGGCUAAGACCGCCAAGUUACGCCAAGGUGCAACAAGAUUAG